CCCCUUCCAGGCCCCAGGGGUCUCCACCCCAGCCCAAUUCCAGGGCCUCAAAGAGGGAGGGAGGGGCUGUGAUGCUGGGUCUGGAGGGGGUUGAGCUGUGAGCUAUAAAGCGGGGUAUCUCUCAGCACCAAGGAACUCUAGGCAGCGUGUCCUGAGGCCAGACUCCAUGUAUCAUCCAAGAGAGUUGUACCCCUCACUGGGGACCGGCUACCGUCUUGGGCCCCCCCAGCCAGUGGCCGAUUCCAGCUUCCCGCCCGCCCUGGCAGAGGGCUACCGCUAUCCUGAUUUGGACACUCCCAAACUGGACUGCUUCCUCUCGGGUAUUGAGGCUGCUUCCCGCACCCUGGCUGCUGCCCCACCACUGCCCCCUCUGCCCCCAGCCCUGGGCACUGAGCCAUCUCCUCCAGCCCCAGAGGCCCUUCAUUCACUCCCUGGAGUCAGCCUGAGCCUGGAGAACCAGGAGCUGUGGAAAGAGUUUAAUUCCGUGGGAACAGAAAUGAUCAUCACCAAAGCUGGGAGACGUAUGUUCCCUGCUUGCCGAGUAUCAGUCACUGGCCUGGACCCCGAGGCCCGCUACCUGUUCCUUCUGGAUGUGGUACCAGUGGAUGGAGCUCGUUACCGCUGGCAGGGUCGGCGCUGGGAGCCCAGUGGCAAGGCAGAGCCCCGCCUGCCAGACCGUGUCUACAUUCACCCUGACUCUCCUGCCACUGGUGCUCACUGGAUGCGGCAGCCUGUGUCUUUUCAUCGUGUCAAGCUCACCAACAGCACACUGGACCCUCAUGGCCACCUGAUUUUGCACUCCAUGCACAAGUAUCAGCCCCGCAUACACCUGGUGAGGGCCACCCAGCUUUGCAGCCAACACUGGGCGGGCGUCGCCUCCUUCCGCUUCCCUGAGACCAUGUUCAUCUCUGUGACAGCCUACCAGAACCCACGGAUCACACAACUGAAGAUUGCAGCCAACCCCUUUGCCAAGGGUUUCCGGGAGAAUGGCAGAAACUGUAAGAGGGAGCGAGAUGCUCGUGUUAAGAGGAAACUGCGGGGCCCAGAGCCAGUAGCCACAGAGGCCUACGGGAGUGGAGAUGCACCAGGUGGUCCCUGCGAUUCUACACUGGGUGGAGAUACUCGUGAGUCAGAUCCAGAGCAGGCCCCAGCACUCAGGGAAGCUGCCCCUGCCCCAGCUCCUCCACGUGGUAGCUCCAGUGCCGAGGCCUACCUUCUGCACCCUGCAGCUUUCCAUGGGGCCCCCAGUCACCUUCCAACCAGGAACCCCAGCUUUCCUCAGCCUCCAGACUCUGGGUGCCUGGCACCCUACUCAGCUGCAUCCCUAGAGCUGCAGUCUGGGCCAGGAGGCUCAGGAUACUCAGCAGCUGCACACCCAGCAUCCUUUGCCUCCCAUUUCCUCCAAGGGGGUCCCUUGCCCUUACCCUACCCUGGGCCCGGGGCCUACCUUGAUGUGGGCUCCAAACCUAUGUACUGAGCCAUUGUUAGGCCCCUCUGUCUCCCUUCCUCACCCUUUCACCACGAACUUCCAGUUCCCUUCCCCCAGGCCUAUAGCUCCCUCACUUCCACUGGCCCUACCCCCCACACCAAAUGGCUGCCUUGGGCCUCUUCCACCCCACUUCACACUUUGACUUCAUUCCCACCCCCAUCUGGCUUCAAAGCUCUGGCUAAGCUGCUGAGAGUCCAGCUGGGGCCAGCUUCCCCUUCCCGACUUUCACCUCAGUGUGAAUAGAGGGAGGCUCUGCCUGGCCAAAUGGGGCCUUGGGCCAGCACUACCCACGCCUGGGCUUCACCCUUGGGCUCAGCUAGUCGUAUCUCCUGGCCCCACUGUGAGCCACACCAAUCUGUUCUCAGGAACAGAGUAUUUUUGUUAAUAAAACU